CCUCUCUUCUCUCUCCUCACUUCUCUCUCCUCACUUCUCUCUCCUCAAUUCUCUCUCCUCUCUUCUCUCUCCUCACUUCUCUCUCCUCUAUUCUCUCUCCUCACUUCUCUCUCCUAUCUCUCCAUCCCUCCCUCUCUGUCCAUCCCUUCCUCCCUAUUUUCUAGUGUCCUUUCCCUUUUUUUCUAGUAAUUAGGAACCACCAUGUCUGCUCCUACAAUCGUAACCACUAGAGGUCCAUCUAUCCCAGCACAGAACACACUCAGAGAGACCAGAGACUACCCUAUGGCUGAGAGAAUACCCCUCCGACUGCCAACUCCCCAGCCUUACCAGGACCCAUGCUUCCAGCAUCACACCCACCUCUCCCACCACUUACACCCCAGCAUCGGGAGCCCCGGUCUGGGCCAGACAUCUUGCCACCACCCCCUGGAGCUCCAGACUCCCCUGGAGCAAUAUGGAGGAACUGGAAUAGAGGCAGCACCCAGGACCACUCUCCUCGAUUCAAGCCCCUAUUAUAGGGGGAGCAGAGACAGCUACAGGGGUGGGGGUGGUGGAAGAGGAGGUUCUGUAGAGGUUCGUGGACAUAGCAGAGGUGAUAACGGUAGUGAUGUUGAUGGUAGAGAUGGUUGUUUUGGAGGGCAGAAAGCUAGCUACUGUAAUAGGGGGGUUGUGGACGACAGUGUAGGUCAAGGGGCUGAUUUCGGCAGACAUUUUGAAAGUCAGAGCCUUGCCUAUGCUAACCCGAGGGAUGAGGACUGCGAUGGCGAUGACAGCAGCGCCAGCGGUAGUGGUGGUGAUAUUUACCACAGAAUAGACGAGGACUGUAAAAGGGAUGAUGUCUUUUACAGAACGGAUGAAGGCUGUAACAGCAGUAGGGAUGAUGUUUUCUACAGCAACAGUAGAGAUCAGGGCUGUGAGGAGAAAACGGACGAGGGGUCUAACACUAGAGACGAGGUGUUUUACAGAACGGAUGAUGGCAGGAAUGACGUCUUUCAAAGAACGGAUGACGUCUGUAGUAACAGGGAUGACGUGUUCUACAACAGAGAUGAUGUGUGUGAGGAGAGGCGAGAUGGUAGCAGUGGUUAUAGAGACAUCACUACCGGUAGCCAUGAUGGUGGAAACAAUAGAGCUGAUCAUCUCUAUAAUGGUAGUGAUAUCUUUGAUGAUACAGGAAAGAUGGAUAGUUUGAGAAGGCUUGAUGAUGCAGGAAAGAGGAAUAAUAUGAUAAGGGUUGAUGAUUUCGGAGGAGAAUGUGAUGAUUUUGGUGAUAAAAGGUCCAUUCUGGAUCCUCCAGAGGCCCAGUUCAAGCCUGGGCUUUGGGUGAGUCCCUCUCCCCCAGAUCAGGGUUCUGUGGCUUGGGAAGGCAGUGAGAAGGGAGGGGGGUACCCCAAGGAUUGGGCAUCUCUGUACUCCUAUUCCCAGGCAGCAAGUGGCCCUAGUGGUGGUGGCGUUGGGGUGUACCGGCAAAAACUGGACUCCUUUUCAGAGGCGUUCUUCGUCAGACGCAACGUCGCCGGCAACAGAAUUCCGAAUGGGAUUUCCGGAAGUGGGGUUUUAGGAUUCGGUUCGGGAGGACGAAGCACAGGAUGGAUCAAAACGAGUGCUUACAAUUCACUCACAGACUCUUCCACUCUCCCUCCUCCUCCUCACCCCUUCCCCCUGCUCCUUAGCCCUCCUCCCUCCCCACUCCCCCCUCCCAAACUCACCACGACCCCUUCUCUCGGGACAGUUGAACUCACCCAGACCCCAGAGGGGGAUUGUAGUGGAACAGUCCAGUUUUACCCCUCCUCUCACCAGCCACUCCACACUUCCCACCCCUCCACCGUCAUGUGGAAGCUCCCACCCUGUCAUUGGCCGCAGCAGUCAGGUGAAGAGGGUGUCGUCGACGGCAACCCCUCAAGCGCCGGCCAUGUAUACUGCCAGGAGGCAGCGUUCACUCAGAGACAUGUUCACCAGGACUAUGAGAAUAAUACAGGUCACUAUAGUCUUCAAACUCCGGUACAAUCCACUGUUGUCUCUGCCACACCCCUUCACCUAUCCUCUCUUCUAUCCCAGCCCCCCAGUGGACUGCCACAGCAUGGAGCAGCACCCCUAGUGGUGUUUAGAGGUACUCCCUUCCCUAGUCCGCUCCAGUCUCCUAGAGGAGGGCAGAGUGGAGUGGAGCGGAUUGGGAGAGGGCUCCACUACACCCCUCUACCUAUGCUGAACCCCAGACGCAGAGGAACGGGGCUUCUCUCCUCCCUCGUCCCCCCUUCAGCUGGGGAACGAGGGAUGGGAAGGAUGACUGAAGAGAAGGGAUCUUUUUUACUUCCGUGUAUCAACGUGGGUCGAGGGUUCCAGGCUGAGCUGCCAUGUUGUCUAGAGAGGGAGGAGGUGUCUGGGGCGUGGCCAGAAGAAUCAUCAUCCAAUGAGGAGUUGCUCUGGAAACCUUGGGAGGAGCUUCAGAUGAGUUCUGUAAUUCAGGAAAAAGUGGAGGCAGUGUUGUCUUUGUGUAGUUCUAGCUGUCUACCAGGAGGGGGCAGCAACACAGAGCUGGCUCUACACUGUCUCUACCACUGUCAUGGAGAUACACUGGCCACGUUGGAGAGAUUGUUCUUCUCGAACCCAUCAACAGCAGUAGACUACCAUUACGCUGGUAGUGAUGUGUGGCAGCAGACUGAGAGGUCUCUGUUCAGUAAAGCGUUGACGACCCACGGCAAAGACUUCUCUCUCAUCCAACAAAUGGUGCAGACUAAGUGUGUUUCUCAGUGUGUGGAGUUCUACUAUCUGUCCAUGAAACUUCCUGACAAACAGAGGAAACAGAGGGAGGAGGAACGAGGGACAAAGGAACAGACGAGUGUGGUGUCCCUCCCUAAACCUAUGGACCGGGUGGUACCAGCCCCGUCAUUGGCUACCAGCUUCCCCUGUAAGCAGUGUGGAAAGAUGUUCUAUAAGAUAAAGAGUCGUAACGCCCAUAUGAAGAUCCAUAGGCAGCAGCAGGAUAACUGGAGACACCCCCCAGGCCUCGGCAUCAACCUAGCCCAGAACGUCACCCCCAACCUGGGCACCAAUCUACCCCAGCGCCAGGCUUCAGGUCGGGCCUACCUCCCAGGUCCCAUCAACAGCAACCACCACACUGGUGGUGCUCACACCAUCAUCAUCAACAACAUCAGUGUUCCAAACACCAAUACCAUAACCAAUAGCAACAGUGUCAGUGUCAUCGACUCCACCCCUAAUCAGAGAGGACACGCCCCCCUCCUCUCUGUCCAGCAAUCGUGGGACUUGUUUCAGUUGAACUCUGAUCCUGCGGCAGGGUUCUACUAUGACCCGGAAGUGAAAGGAGCCCUGGGGGUCACGGGGGGAGGGUUGAAAGGUCAAGUCCUCUGGCAGUAGAGUUCUAGAAUCAGAAUGAAUAGAACAUACAUGUAUAGGACUACAUUCACGUUUUGCACCAUCAAAAGCAUUUAAAAUAUAUAAAUAUAGUGAGAAAUAUGUAAAUGAUGUUUAAUAUGUAUUUAAAUGUUUUGAAUUUCAAUUUGUAUUAAAAUGGAUUUUUGUAUCUCU